AUGGCGAUUAACGUAUCGUAUAUAGGAGUAGGUAUGGCUGUCGUUUCGGUGAUAACAGCUAUGACUCCUGUGCCAGUAUCACCGUACCAAUGUGAAAGUGACAGCGAUUGUAAUCCUGAUCAGUGCUGCUCCAAGAUUCCUAGGAUUAUGGCCGUGAGCAGACGACAGCUAGCUCCGAUCCCAGAUCUUCAGUACAUAGUCAGAUCGUCUUGCAAGCCGUACAUACCAACCAACGGAUCAUGUGUAAAUGUGAUCAAAGUUAAUGGUGACUGCGGCUGCGCACCAGACCAUACCUGUAAACACUUUCCGGAGCUAGAUCAACUUAACCCUUUCCCUGGAAAACGUGACUUCUUUCCAGGGAAUCCCCUGUCAUAUCAAUGUGUUAUGAAGACCGUUUGA